AUGCUGAAAGCACGUCAGACAACACAGAAAGGCAGCGCCCGACAGUGCAGACAUCGGAAGCAAACCGACCGCAAGAAAAGACAGCAGGCAGAGAAGCAGCGCUGCACAAGACAAGCAGAGUCCUCGAACCAUGGGGCAGAACAUCUGCGCAUUCAAGAAAGAAACGUCGGCAGUGAAAAGAGACAUGAUGAGCUAAAGGAUGUGAUGACAACGAUGAAAGUCCCGAGCAAUUUGAUCCAUCUGAGGAGUGCAGAGGAUGCGACAGCCAUGCUCCGACGGAUGCGUUUCAUGAUCUCCGAAGUCGAGUUGGAGCGCUUGCCUAUGCUCGUACCAAUUGACAUAUCAGUUUAUGCCCUCCCGACAGCGCAGCUGAAGGCUUUAGAUGAAGGCAUCCUAAGAGAUCAGCGUGUUUUGCAGCUGGACAUCGACUGCGAGUCCUCCGUUCCGAUCCUCCAGGUGAGAUCAAAAGAGCUGGAGGUUCAACGCGGAAACCGUCUCAGUCUGCAAAUGCUUGGAAUAGAGCUCCAUUAUCCCCGGCAAGUGGUCUUGCAGCUGCUCUGCAGCUCCUGCACCUUCUUUGAGAACGAUUUGCAGUGGCGCGGGAUACACCAAGUAGCAGGUUCUGCACCUGUCCUGCAGAAGUACUUAGAAAGCUUGCAGCUGGAGAUCAGUUGUCCUUCGUGUGAUGCCGACCAGAUCGUUCUCAAAUCUUGGGAUCCAGAUGCCCUCGCCAGAGUUGGUGAGGAGACAACACCUGCACAGGGCAACUUGAUUGCCCAGGCGUCUACACAGGUCCUGGUCCGAACCAGCCGACUUGCCGAAGGUGAGCCCAUCCUUCGGGUCUUGAGCGCUGGCGUCCUGGCGAAAGCUGGAGAGGCCACAGAGCUGGUGGAGUACGUUUCCUUGCAAAGUGCAGAUCCCAAUGAACCUCGGGGACUGGCAGCUGUGCAGAGUGAUGUAGAAGUCCGCUUGUCCGCGCACCACGGAGUUCUGGAGAUUGAUGUUGCCAAGCUGGUCGGCGCCAGUGCUUUCCUGGCAGAUGCAAAGGGCGGAGCCUCAGCUGCUGCCAAUGCAGAUCAGGACGUGUGGGCUUCUACCGGCGUUCGGAUGAGCAUUACCGCAUUCAGCAACCCAGCCUCAGCUGACGAAUCUCGCAUGCCUUAUGUGGAUCCAUCUCGGCCAUCAGACCCAUGGAAUCGCACGCUUUUGGAUCCACAAGGCCCUUCCCGCCCAGAGCGUGUCCUUUGGAGCGGACGGAGCCUCUUGCUGCGAGGUUCUGCAAUCCAGAUGAAGCAGACGCUCAAACAGCUAAAGUACGUGCCAGAUGAGUUUGCAGCAGGGUGGGACACAGUGUUGGUGAGAAUGGGCAACCAGAUGGGCGAGAUACCCGUGUACUCGCUCCGACAAGUUGGUGGCGUCGUGCUUAAAGCCCCGCCGCUGAAAACGCUGACGGUCGGUGAGGUGCUGAGGCUAAACGUCACGGCCGAGCUGAACCACUUGGUUCAAGAUGAUGACAUGUUUAGUGCGCUAGUCACUUGUGGUCACGGUGGCUUCGCUUUAUGGUCUUUCGGCGGGCGCAUGGAGGUGCUUGGAUCCUCGUUGGAGUUCUCUGGCAAUACAACUGAGUUGAAGGCGUUCCUGGCGGAUGUGGUUUACGUACAUACGGAUGGCUUCACUGGAAUGGACCGUCUGCAGAUCUUCGUGCAGGGUGGCCCUAUACAGGCAGCGAACAGGGAAGCGCCUUCUGCGGAAUUGAGCAUUGCGGUCAUGGUGCAGCUCGUCGAGACGAUACUUCCUCCAGCAACGCUAGAGAUGCCAGGAAGAUUGAAUGUGCUUGAAGACUCCGUGACAAAGCCACACAUCAAGGUCCGUGACCUACGCCCUGUUGCACCCUCCGGUGUGGCACUGGCAUCAGCAGAGACGGCAGCGGAUACUGAGCGAACCUGCCUCAGAGCUCCUCAGCCCGACACUUGGAUAACGCAAAAUUUGUCUUCAGUCCCAUGCGACUUAUUCCUCGUCGUGGGCUCCAAUGGGACAAGUGUGGACCAGAUUUCUUGCGCUGGUUGUACACUGCGCGCUGCGCUUUGGCCAGACGAAUGCCUGACUUGGGUUACAGGACCGAUUGCUACCGUCGCUGGCCUCUCUGGCGGCUGGGCCCUUGCCCCAUGCCAGAACACAGCUCCGGAGAUCGAAAGUCAAGUGUUCGACUUCAGCACCCUGGAAGAGACAGGUGGAGGCCGCUUCUGCGUGCAGGCUCUUGGCAGCCCCGAAGGCUGCUUUGACAUCCUCACCAUGACAGUCAAUUCACAGAUCUACCGUGGCCUGCCAACGGUGACAACCCUUGUAGAAGGUGUUCUGCCUCCUGAUUGUAGUGCCAGUUGGGACGUAAUGAACCUUUCUCUGGUGGACAUCUUCGGCGAGAAUGCCAGUGAGGACCUGGCCAACUUGAGCUUACCCUUGGCGAAGGAUAGAUGCGAAGGUGCCUUGAGCUGCGAGUUCCUCUUCCAACCAGAGGAGGGGCUGGAUCCUGCACCAGGCUGCAACAAAGAGGUGGUCGUCAGCUACACUUGUCCAAAUCAUCUGACGUACGAGAGCCGAGCUCAGCUGACCGCCAACCAAACCAUGCCUGCAUCCAUGAUCAUCCAGUGCCCAGUAGUCUUUCUACCUGCGCCGGACCCUGUGGCAUUGCGUGGCUCUUUGCAGACCGGAGCCUUCUCCCUCGCGGGCGUGAGCAGCAUGUGGCGACUGCGGCAGCUAACAGCAUGCCCUGAGCAGCAUGAGCCAGUACGAUCAGCACUGCAGCUUUUGCAGAACAUGUCCUGGCCACCACCAGGUGGUACAGGCAUUGGAUUGCUGCCACAAAUUGUCCUCUACUUUAGCCGCAACGUCUUCCUCGGCCGCGGAAAGGCCUUGGUGCGAGAGGUCCAGACGCUGGCAGCGGGAGCCUAUGAUGAUCCAGAUCGGUCGCGAGAGUUCGUUAUACGGCUCACAACAAGCAACAACAGCGCCAGCUACCAGAUCACAACAGAGUUGCUGCCCUUGACCAUCUAUGAAUUGGUUUUGGAACCCGGUGCUGUGGAGGACAUUGACGGCUCGGCUUUUGCAGGCAUCCGAGCUGAGUCCUACACUUUCACCACUGGCUUGGGGCCGCUGCAGCCUUCUGGCUGGCGGGUCGUGGCAGAAGAGGGCCGUCCACCUGGAGAGAACACGUCGCUGAGCCCCCGGAAGCGUGAUAUGCAGAAAUAUGCGGAGGUCUUUGUGGGCCUUUUGUUUCUUUGUCGGAAGUUGGUCCUACCCGCCUUCUCACUUCUCAUCUCCAUGAGGACUGGGGCCGCUGGAUGGCGUGUCGCUGAGCUGGAAGUCUUUGCCGACCUUCGCUGCCGCGGGCCUCGGCUCCGUGGAACACCGGCCUCCAGUUUGUCGAAUGCCUGGAAUGCGUCGAGGAUGACCUCACCGCAGUUUGAUCCGAUGAACACGACUGAUGAGUGGUUAAAUGGAGUUCCAGACAGUGCGGCGCCGCUGGCAUUUGACGAGGCAAUGGUUUUGCGGGGUCUGACGUCUUCGGAGAUGCGAACUUUCAAGAUGUGGUUGCCACAAGACGACCAGCUUGCGCCUGUUCUUUUGGAGAUAGCGCCGGCCUCAGACGGCGUGCAGAGCGACUCUGUGCUCCUGCGCUUCAGCGAGGACAUACUUGCCGGAAAUGGUUCCGUCCGAGUGUCUCCAAUGGAUGGUCCUGCUGUAUCCUUCGACGUCAUGGGUCCAGAGAUCUCGAUGGAUGGAAACAUCUUGCGGGUGCAGCCCGGUGGAAAGCUUGUACUCUCCAUGCCACCGGGAUCAGUCUACGACGUGGCUGGCAACAGUUUCGCUGGAAUCCAGCACUAUGAGUUUAUGAAUGAAGAGCUGGAGCCAAUGCGUGAGUUGAAUGCCAGCGCCAUGGGCACUCCAUCAUUUGCCACGCUGGUGAAUGGAGACAAGACGUCGCAGUUUUGCGUCAUGGGUGCACCAGUGGCCCUUGCCGAGUUUGCAGAUAGCCUGCGCUAUUCAUCGGCUCCCAAUUGGUAUGGGAACGAGCCUAUGCGCAUCACAAUUGCUGCGGCGGAGGACUCUCGAGUGAUACAUGCGGCAGCUGAAAGCUGGAUCUUAGUUCAAUCAUCGAAUGACCGCCCUUUCAUUACUGCCAAUGACGUGUCCUUCCAGGUGCAGGUUGGGAGGAGUGUCGCGAUCACGGGUAUCACUAUUACGGAUCCGGAUGCUGGGGACCAAACGAGAUGGAUGACGUUGCUGGUGGCUGCCUCCACUGGACGCUUGUACCUGGAUCCAUCCUUCCUUAUGGCGCCAAACGGUACGUUGGAGCCACUCAAGGGACGCCUGGAUGGUGACUUUGCCCUCCGCGUGCAGGGAAGCGGCCCUGAUCUGCAGGCCUUCGUUGAUGCGUUGCGUUUCAGCAUCGAGGCACCAGCAAAGCCAUAUCUGGAACCACUCCCUCUUGACCAACCGCGGACCGAGGCCAUCGUCUCCUACAUCCUGUCCGACACCAUCGGACCUCAAGCCGUCGCGAUGCGACGGCAUCAGGUUGCAGGAAAGGUCGUCAACCCGGAAACUUCAGCGCCUCUCGAAGGAGUAGACGUUGUUCUUAUCGCAAGGGACACCUGGCAUGACUAUGAAGGGUAUGAUGUUCCUCUUGGAUGUGAUGUCGAACUUACCGGACUCAGUGUGGCUGAUUGCAAGCUCCAUGCUGUUGCCAACAGCUACAUUGCCUUCAGCUACGGCCUAUACCACGCAGGUGGCUCACAGGCAUGCUGUUUCAAGACCGCUGAUGCGGAGACUAUUUUGACAAACUUAGUGCUCGAGACAAGCGUCAAUGUGUAUGUUUUUCAGCCUGGGGGCUACUCCGUGCACACGCAGACAACUGCAUUGGGGGUUUAUGCGGCCGUCAUGCCAACUGCCCCAGCAGAUAUCUACUUUGCCAAGACCCUCCAUGCCACGCGGUCUUUGAGUGUGGAUGUAACGGACAACAUCCAGGUGGGUGGCCUUGCAGAUAUCUACCUGCAGGCCCUCGCAGUUGUGACCAUUUGGCGUUUUGAGGUGGACUGGACAUCCACCACGCCGGUGGAUCUCGACGCGCAUGCCUUUGAUGCUUGGGACUGUCACACCUACUUUGCCAACAAGCAGUGCCAACACGAUGGGAGUCAUGGAUUGACGGUGACCUUGAACCGAGACAAUCGGGAUGUCCAACAUGGCAGGGAGGUGAUCACAGUCCAUCAAUGGCCCUGUGAUUCAGACCAAGCGACCGUCGGAGGUUACAGGGACAUCUGGAGUUGCUUGGCCCAUUUCUGGGUUCAGAUCUUCUCGGACCACGGCUUCAGAGAUGUCCAGGGCACCGUGAGCAUCUUCCGGGGUGGAGUGCUGGUUCAAGAGCUGCAGCUCCCCGCGGCUAACCAGCCAAACAGCUUUUGGAUUGGCUUCGUGUUGGAUUGGAGCAGCAGUACGAUUCAGUCCUUUGUCAACCAAGCAGGGACAGCAGACAUCGUCGAGAGCUUCAUAGGUGGAAUCUAUGAGUUGCCUCCAGCACGCGAAGUGCGACGAUUGGGGAUGCGGCAGAAUGUUUCUGCAGUGAGGCAGGGCCUGAACGUCCUUUGGCGCGAGCGGUUCUGGCAGGAUCUGCUGGCCGAAAAGGAAUCCUUGGAUGACUCUGCAGCCCAGAUGCCGCCCAGGCAUUGGCUUGAACAAAGGAGGCUAGCGAGCCAAGAUGAAGCGACACUCGCUGAAGCCGAGCAUGAGGACGAGGACCACGAGGACCAGGCAGACUCUCCUGGCCGUCGGCUCGGUGUCAUUGGCGACUGUGGGGAUGGCGUAAUCACGAGUGAUGAGGAGUGUGAUGACGGAAACAGCAAUGACACCGAUGGGUGUACAAACUGCACCGUGGAUAAUGGCUACUACUGCAGAGGCGAGCCCUCGGCUUGUGCCCCGCACAACUGUUCAGACGGUGCCAUCACCAGCGACGAGGCGUGCGAUGAUGGCAACAUAGAUGAUUUCGAUGGCUGCAACGCCAACUGUCAAGUUGAGACAGGGUACUACUGCUCUGGCGAGCCUUCGGUCUGCAUCACCAGAUGCGGAGAUGGCAGACGAAUCAUCCCUCAUGAGCAGUGCGAUGAUGAGAACUCUAGGUCUGGUGAUGGUUGCAGUGCCACGUGCCAGAUAGAAGCAGGCUACGUUUGUGAAGGAGGAACUGAGAUGAUCCGGGAUCAUUGCUACCCGAAAUGUGGCGACGGCGUCCGUGUUCCACGCGAAAGCUGCGAUGAUGGGAACACACAGGAUGGCGAUGGCUGCUCCUCAAGAUGCCAAAUCGAGAUGGGAUAUGCUUGCCAUGGUGGCAACACGACCCACGUAGACACCUGCGGGCUCACAGUCUGCGGCGAUGGAGUGGUCGAGGGAGCGGAGGAGUGCGACGACUUCAACGACUACGGAGGGGACGGCUGCUCUGCAGUGUGCCUCCGGGAGAUCAAAGAAGUGGCCUCCUGGUCGCAGACGGAGGUCAUGGUCACUAUCCGUCCGCUUGGCCAACUCUGCAGGAUUUUCAAUGCAGGGCGGCACCAGACGUUCGAAGACACGACCUACCACCUCCAGAACACCAUCCUAACAGGUGAUGUCUCGGAUCCAGAAUCUGUGCGGAUUCACAUAGAGGUCCUCAAUGGCUCGCUUGCGAUUCGGCCUUUGAUCGAGCUGUAUCUUGCGAGAGGGCGAAACGAUUCGGUCUGGGAAGCAAUUGUUCAACGGGAGACUGGCGUCCGCUUCUACCCGUAUGCCGACAACAUGAAGGACACGAUGAUUUCUGGCACUUUCUUCGAGGUGGACCGCUUCUUGCGCCAUUACAUGUACAUUGCUCCAGAUCCAGACUUUUCUGGAUAUGUGCAGGUGCUCUUUACGAUGGCGUCUGGCAUGGUUCUGAACCAUGGCGCAGAGGAGUGCAAGUACAGCACCGUGGUUCAAGUCGUGGCUGUCUACGAUGAUCCAGCUUCCGUGGUCGUGUCAGAGGAGGUCUUAGCCAACGGCUUCCACUGCCUCGCUGGCUCACCUUCCUGCCCCUUGUGGGGGAUAUCUUUGUACGAUCCAGACUGUGAGAUGGCUGUAGACGGCUCUUGCUACCUGAGACUGGAGCUCAAUGUCACCGUUGGCCAAUUGUCUCUUCCUGGACAUCCAGACGGCUGGCAGGAAGUCUUUCCCGGCAUGAUGGGCCACGCUGCUGGCCUGAAUGCUGCCUUGGACCGGCUGGUCUUCUUUCCGCCUUCACUCCCGCCACCGCAGGACGCCAUCUUCCACGUGACGGUCAAUCGUGUGAUAGAGCGUACCAUUGCGACUCCGCCCAGCUUGACUCCUGCUUCGACAUCCUUGGCACUCACGAUCAAGAUUCAGCCGGCAGACACGCCACCAACAGUGGGCUUGGCUUCAGGCCAGCCCUUCCACGGAGCGUUGUUUGUUAUUGAGGGUGACAAGCCUUACCAUUUCACCAACUUGGUAUUUCAGCCGCCGGGCGCCAGCUCGACCACCUGCAUUGUGGAGCUGCAGGUUUCCCGAGGCUUCUUAUUGAUCGAGGACACUGAGGGCAUUUGGUUUACGGAUGGCACCAACAAUGGGGAAUCCCGGCUCCGCUUUUUUGGCGACAGCGUGGACAUCCGCGACCGGGCAAUGGCGCAUGUGCGCUAUGCCUGGGAUGACAACGACUGCUCCAACCUGGAGCAAUUCAACAUCAGCGUAGACAGUGGAGUUCAUCAGGCCUUGACGUUGGUCUCCAUGCUGGCCUUGCCAAGCUGCCAAGGCUACAGCGUGGAAUGGCUUGGCGGAGCGUUGACUUUGGAAGAGGACUCCGAAGUCUCCAUUGGGCAUCUGGCUGUCAGCACCAAGGACGUGCACUUGUUCCUUGUCGUUGAUGUGAAGCACCCUCCAGAUGUAGCAGGAGGUGACUGCAAAGUUCUUCGCUGGCCUGAGGCGGUGAGCACUUUCGUGCCCGGGCGCGAGUGCCACUUGGAUGGUCUCAUUGGCGACCUAAGCGAGACUCUGCAGCACAUCGUCUACAAGCCGCCACCAAACUUCGUCGGGCAUGUGCAGCUGCAGUUCGUCAUCUACCGGACAGAGGUGAAGGAUGAAAUUGUGGGAGUGGAGACCUCACGCGGGACGCCAAUUACAAUCCCCAUCGACGUGGAGGUUACUGGCGUCAACGAUGCCCCAAUGUUAGAGCUGUACCUGGACUCGUACACGUUCGAUGAGGACACCGAGGAUUACAUGUCUUUGGCCCCGCUCUUUGUGAGCGAUUUGGAUGCGGGUCAGCAUCUGAUGAGCUUCAAGUUUGAGCUGGUGUCCGGCCAUGUGUGGAACAGGCUGAUGAUGUGCAAUCUGGUUGGGGUGGAGAUCGAGGAGCCAUGGGAGAGCAUGCUGGACGAAGCUGGAUGUCUGGAUGCAGGGACCCAUCUUAUCCACUUCAACACGACGGUGGAAAAUUUCAAUAGCAUGCAAUCCGGGCCCGGACGGUUGCAGUUCAAGCCGGCGCCAGAUUGGCAUGGCUCCGCUAUGAUCAACAUCACGGUGGAUGACAAGGGCAGUGGGCAUGGCGAGCAUCAUCGCCUCACUGUGCAACGAUCACUCUACAUCAUCGUGGAACCUACGAUCGACAAGCCCCAGCUGUCCAUCCUCUGUCCAGAUGCGUUGCCUUUCGUCGGCUAUGGCAGGACAUGCCUCGAAGUUCGAGAAUGUUUCGCUUUGAAUGCAAGUCUGGAUACUCACGACUCGGGCCUCAGUUUCUGGAUGCUUAUUGAAGCCAGCGACCCUGGUGUGGGGAUUUCGCUGGAAGAUCGAGCGCCGGUCCAGGUGUGGCGAGAGGGCACUUCAAGUGUCCAAGUCAGCGGUCUCUACCACAAUGUCCAGCAGGCGCUUCGCGCCAUGAUCUUCCGACCACCAGUUCACCUCUUUGCUGCCCCAGAUGAUCCGGAUGUUUUUCAGUUCGAUGUCUCGAUCACAGCAUUCGCCAUUGGCGAGAGGUUCAACGAGCCUUUGCCUUUGGACCCGGGGUUGAUGGAGACACGACCUGGCUUCUAUCGAGGGAAGUCAUAUCCCAGUGACCGUAUUUCUUUCCCAGUCAUCGUGCGGCGCGUCAACCGGGCACCCAGCAUAUUCGUGGACGUGGACCAUUUCGCCGUCACACAAAUGCAGGACGAUGUAAACCUGUACGGCGUGACAGUGGCAGAUCCCGAUGCGCGGUUGCAUGACCCGAUGGAAGUGGUCGUCUCGGUUGAGUCUGACUCAGGGGGAGGCGCUGUGGCUUUUGCGGGCAUGCAAGGCACAUACUUGCAGACGCGCAUGACCCUGGCUGACCUGAACGUGGCAUUGCAGGAUCUCUUCUUCAUAUUUCGGGACGCAAACUGGUUUGGUACCACGGGAGUGUCAAUUUCUGUGUCUGACCUGGGCAACAGAGGUUGGAAUGUCAACCGCUACAGUGACAUGUACCACCAAGACAUUGCCCCGCAAUCUGUGGCACUCAAGGGGGGAACGUUGACUAUCGUGCCGGAUGAUGCGUUGUGGUAUCACAGCCUAUACUCGCAGGAUUUUACAUGGGAGAUCUACGGCAAAGUGAUGGCCGUUGCCAGCAGGGUGCAAUCCACAACAUUUGGGACGACACCUCCCCCUCCAAUAUUCCAACCAUACGACCUGGAGUCUGCACACGAUGGCUUACUGUUCAGGAACGAUUUCCUGGGUGACAAUGUUUCGUCUGGUGUGGAUGAUCCCUUUUGGGGUGAGGAGAAUGAGACCGACAAGCCACUCUGCUCGCUUAGCAUAGGCAGUGAUGGUCGGUUGAAGUUUGCCCUCCUGUCGGAGGAUGGAAGGCUGCAGGGAAGCGGAACGACGGUGUUUGAGGAAGGUACUUGGUACCAUGUCGCGCUCGUGGUACGCCGUAGGAGCCGCGACGUCGAAAUCUCGCCAGCAGAGUCAGAAGCAGACACGACUCAGGGUGAGGUGGCCUUGUACGUGGACAAGAAGCUGGACGCAGCAUUCCCAUGGCGAGCUCCGCAGCGGUACAUCGGACCAGCCCGUGGGAGCGUGCUGCAAGUGUCAGUUGGGCAGUCUGGUGGGCUGGCACUGUCACGUGCAAGGCUGUGGGCAAGGGCUUUGGAGCCUGGAGACCUUGCUCGAUGUGAGGAGCCGUUGGGAUCGGCAGCGGGUGGGCCUGAAGGAUUGGGUGAUGCUCGGCCCCGUGAAACACAUCCUCCCUUCCCGAACUUAGUUGGGAUUGCGGCACCUGAUGCUCCCGCACUGAGUUUUAGUUUUGGUGGCUCUUUGGCGGAAACUGCGCGUCGUGCCCGCAUCAUGUCAACCGGCAGCUGGUCCUUUGUUGUCGACACUCCUCCGCAAUGCCUGGGCUUGACAGAGGUUCCGUAUGACAACUUCUUCGAGUACUGUGUUGCGUAUGACCACGAUCUUGUAGGGAUGCUCGAAGAGGGUGGCGACAGACAGCCCUACAUGUGGCAUUCGCCUCAGGCAUACGAAACGAGAGACAUGGACUCGUACGCCUCCGCAAGUGUGAGGAGCGUGGAAGGUGGCGAGUUGAUGACUUCAACCUUCCUGGCUGUCCAUCGCAGCUUUGUGAACGAGCCGCCUCGGAUCGUUAUGUUGGAGCCCAGGAGUGGUUUGUUGAACGUUUAUGAGGACCACGCUAGUUUCAUGUCGUUCUUAGUCAAGCACAAAGCAGCUGAAAACCUGGUGGAUCGGGAUUUGACUGUAUUCCUGUCCACGUCACAUGGGAGAAUGCGCACGAUUUCCUCAGCGGCGAUGCCAAUGUCGUCUUUGGACGGAAAGCGGAUCGAAUUCACUGCCAAGCUGCAUGAGCUCAAUGCUUUCCUUUCCCAGCUGCAGUACCUCCCAGAUCCGAACUACAACGGUCCCGAUCUGAUGGACAUGCUGGUUACAGACGGCGAGUAUUCUGCGAACACCAGCGUCCCAAUCGAGAUCGAGACCAUGAGCGACCCGCUCACAAUAGUGUGCCCGCCCGCAGUGGACAUGUUUGAAGGUCAGGCUGGAGUUCCUAUCGGCACCAACAUCUCCAUACGUGAUCAUGAGCCUAUCCCUGGUUUUGAUGAUGAGUUGAGCAGAGUGACCGUCGAGAUUUUCGCAGGCGACGGUGGCCUUGACCUGCUCCCAGAUAUGGUCCCCAAUCUCGCUGCAGAUCUCCGUGACGAGCUCCAUGAAGUGGGCAACGGCACCUACGACGGCUCCAACCGCUCGAUGCCAGGUUUGCCGGUUCUGGCCUUCAAUACGACCCUCGCUGGCUUCCGUGCAGCGCUCCGCGCGCUGGUUUUCACUCCUUUCCCGGAGUUGUAUCACGGAGUUGUGCAUUUGGAAGUGCGUGUAGUCGCUGUGGAGACGGAAGAAGAGGCAAGGUGUGAGAUUGGCCUGAUAGUUCACCCGGUGAACUCAGCGCCAGUGAUUGCCGUGGACGAGACUCGGCUGCUGUCUGCCACAAAUGGCGGUUUUGUGAAGCCGCAUAAAGACAUCCACCUACAUGGAGUCAUUCGCUUGUCCGAUCCGGAUGAGGAGAACUUUUCAGGUGGCUGGUUUGUUGAGCGUGUCCACUCUGCCCGGCUGAAGCUGCGCGCUUCCUGCGGAACACUUUCAUUCCUCAUGGCCGGGCCACAGGACUAUGUCUUUGGUGUACAGAAUGGCUCCAUUGCCGGUACAGAGGGGAUCACAUUCCACAGCGGAGAUGGGGCCCACGACACGGACAUGGAUGUGACUUCCACGCUGAGAAACCUCAAUCUCCAGCUAAGCCGGCUGUUCUAUCACUCUGGCGGGGACUGCCGUGGUGAGAACAUCACGAUCUCUGUAGAGCUCAAUGACCUCGGUAACUACGGAGCCUACAUGGAUGAGAUGGGCAAUUACGGGCAUCCUCACCCCAUCGUGGUGACAAACGAGGUUUACUUCGAAGUGUUGGAGUUCUAG